AUGAUAGGCCAGGGCGCUUACGGAAUUGUUUUUAAGGGGACAAAGAUAGAUACGGGCGAAACAAUUGCCAUCAAACGAAUUGCUUUUGCGGAUUCUACACCGGAAGGUGGGGUACCCUGUAACGUCAUCCGUGAGAUCAGCCUACUGCGAGAACUGGAUCACCCCAACGUAGUCAAGCUACUGGACAUCAUUCAAGCGCGGCGCGGAGGAUUGUACCUCGUCUUUGAGCAUGUAGCAUACGACUUGAAAAUGUACAUGGAUCAGUGUCAAACGUCCGAUGAUAUUUCGGAGCGCCAGGGUUUACCUAUUUCCACCGUACGCUCUUUCUUGCGACAAAUCAUUGCCGGGGUCGGAUGCUGUCAUACCUACCGUAUUUUGCACCGGGAUCUCAAGCCUCAUAACCUCUUGAUUACAGCGGACGGUAGGGACGUCAAGUUGGCCGAUUUUGGACUGGCGCGCCUAUCGGCAAUCCCCAACGGUCCGUACACGUUCGAAGUCGUGACGCUCUGGUACCGAGCCCCCGAGCUACUUCUGGGGGCGAAUCGCUACUCGACGUCGAUUGAUGUUUGGAGCAUUGGUUGUAUUUUUGCCGAAAUGGCUACCGGAAUGCCUCUUUUCCCGGGACGCUCGGACAUUGACCAACUUUUCAAGAUCUUUCAACGUCGCGGCACGCCAUCCGGAGAUAUGUGGCCGGCCGUCACGCGGCUGCCGCACUACAACGUGGAGUUUCCCAUGUGGUCGGAGCGUCCCAUCACGGACUUUUGCCCGGCACAGAAGUUGGGUGGUCCAGCCGGGGUUGAUCUAAUCAACAAGCUUUUGGCGUACGACCCGGAACGGCGAAUUUCUUGCAAGAUGGCGCUGCAACACCCGUUCUUUCUACAGGCCUAA